CACAGCUCUGGCACACUCGAGCAGCAAAUUUGGAGCCCAGUGGUGAGUUGGAUUCAACAACGCUGGAGUGGAGGAGCUCCUCACUUCUAAGUUCCCGUCAAGAGGUGUGAUCCAUUUUGUCACUAUGGAACGCGAUAGCCGCGUUUGAAGUUCCGGCCGUACGAUUUGUACGGCCGCGGUCGUGCCACGUGGUGUGGUCCACCUCGCCGUCCAGGGGACACGUGUCGGCACGGCACCGGCCAAGCGGCGGGCUAAAAUUGCCCCUGGGAUUCGCGGGAGGAGGGAAAGAAGGCCGUGCGGAUCGAGCUCGCAUUGCGCUUGUGGAGGUGAUCGCUGGCGGGCUUUGGGGCGCGCGUCGUGGAUUCCGAUCGAAUCGAGGUCUCUGGCGCUCUUGAUUGGCGUGGUCUAGAUCUGUAGCUCAGCCCUAACAGCCCUUUCCAGGCGCAAUGGGGAUCUGGGAAGCGUUCUUGAGCUGGUUGAGAAGCCUCUUCUUCAAGCAAGAGAUGGAGUUAUCAGUAAUAGGACUACAAAAGGCUGGCAAGACGUCCCUUGUCAACUCCAUCGCUACUGGAAGCUUUAGCGAGGACAUGAUUCCUACAGUUGGUUUCAACAUGAGAAAGGUUUCUAAAGGCAAUGUGACGAUCAAGCUAUGGGACCUUGGAGGCCAAGCGCGGUUUAGAAGUAUGUGGGAGCGAUAUUGCCGUGGCGUCUCAGCCAUUGUAUACGUGGUGGAUGCUGCUGACCCGGAAAACAUUCCAAUAGCCAAGAGCGAGCUACACGAUAUACUGAGCAAGCCAUCUCUAAAUGGGAUCCCUCUCCUCGUUCUCGGCAACAAGGUUGACAAGCCCGAGUGUCUAUCCAAGCAAGCAUUCGCCGAAGAGAUGGAUCUUCACAGAAUCCAACACCGAGAAGUCGCUUACUACAUGACCUCUUGCAAGAACACCACAAACAUUGAUGCAGUAAUCGAUUGGCUCAUCAAGCAUUCCAAGAAGAAGCACUAAACGAGAAAGAAAAAACCAAGUGUAGAUACGAGAGAUUCUGGUAUUCUUUUCUGGUGUAAAGCGUUUUUUUUCCUUUUCUCCUGUGUUUCUUCGUGUUUUGUAUAAAUGGUAUUAUAGUAGAUUG